CCCCCUCCGCCUCCCGGCGCCCCAUCGCGCUCCCGCGGGGCACCGCCGGCCGCGAGUCCCGGAGCCCGCCCGCCCGGCGCGGCCCGCCCGCCGCCCGCCCGCCCGCCAUGCUCUCCGGGGCGCCGCCGCCGCCCGCCGGCUUCCCCAGCCCGCCGCCGCCCCAGCCGCCGCCGCCCCCGCCGCCCGCCGCUCCCCACCACGGGCCGCCGCCGCCGCCGUUCCCGGUGAAGGGCGGCCUGCAGAUCCGGAAGAAUGCCAUCACGGACGACUACAAGGUCACCACGCAAGUGCUGGGGCUGGGCAUCAACGGGAAAGUUUUGGAGAUCUUCAGUAAGAAGAGCGGGGAGAAGUUCGCUCUCAAGAUGCUGCAGGACUGCCCGAAGGCCCGCAGGGAAGUGGAGCUGCACUGGAGGGCGUCGCAGUGUGCGCACAUCGUCCGCAUCAUGGACGUCUACGAGAACCUCUACCAGGGGAGGAAGUGUCUGCUCAUCGUCAUGGAGUGCUUGGACGGCGGGGAGCUCUUCAGCCGAAUUCAAGACAGGGGAGACCAGGCCUUCACAGAACGGGAGGCUUCAGAGAUAAUGAAGAGCAUUGGGGAAGCCAUUCAGUACCUACACUCAAUCAACAUCGCACACCGGGACGUGAAGCCGGAAAACCUCUUGUACACCUCCAAAAGGCCCAAUGCUGUGCUAAAACUCACGGACUUUGGCUUUGCUAAAGAAACCACCACGCACAACUCCUUGGCCACUCCGUGCUACACGCCGUACUACGUGGCCCCGGAGGUGCUGGGCCCGGAGAAGUACGACAAGUCCUGUGACAUGUGGUCCCUCGGUGUCAUCAUGUACAUUCUGCUGUGCGGGUACCCCCCCUUCUACUCCAACCAUGGCCUGGCCAUCUCACCCGGCAUGAAGAAGCGAAUCCGAAUGGGCCAGUACGAGUUUCCCAAUCCUGAAUGGUCCGAAGUGUCGGAGGAAGUUAAGCAGCUGAUCCGCAACCUGCUGAAGACGGACCCGACCCAGCGCAUGACGAUAACGGAGUUCAUGAACCACCCCUGGAUCAUGCAAUCCAUGCAGGUGCCCCAGACUCCACUGCACACCAGCCGUGUGCUGAAAGAGGAGAAGGAUCUGUGGGAGGAUGUGAAGGAGGAGAUGACGAGCGCGCUGGCCACCAUGCGAGUGGACUACGAACAAAUCAAGAUCAAGAAAAUCGAAGAUUCCUCGAACCCUUUGCUGAUGAAGAGGCGGAAGAAAGCAAACCCCACCGAGCCUGCCGCGCUCCCCCACUGAGGGUGCCCCGCGCCCGCCGGCCCUUGAGAAAGCAAUAACUAUAUAUAUAUAUUUUUUAAGAAAAAAGACAAAAAGAGACAGACUGUUAUAUCAAGCGCAUGGAAUUCAGACAUUUAUACCAGACUAGUUAUUUUUAGCUACUCACCUGUGUUUCUGACCUUUCCGGAGCAGGCGGUAAGAUCCCCCCGUCAGAUCCACACGCUGCGGCCGGGGGUUUUGUUCUGUAGGUGAAUGCCGCCGAUAAUUGGAUUUUUUUUCUUUUGUGAAACAGUUUUGAUUUUUAUUUUUUUUUUUUUCCUUCCUUCCAAAGACAUGGAAAUUCCUGUGGUGACCUUUUUAGGGUAUAUAACAUAUAAAUAUUUUUUAAAAACUAC